AGGCUCUGACCGUUGUAACAGACUACCUGGCUUGUUAGUAACAAUAAUAAUAUUAUCGUUACUGCCGGUCGCGCACAUGAUAGGGCGUCCUGGUCGAUGUAAUUGGGCCUGUGGGAUCCCUGGGUUUUUCGUCGCCCGGUUAGUUGUCGAGCUUCACAUCGCUGCUGUUGCUCUCUGUCUUGUUGUCUGGGUCCCCGCGGCCUAUAUGUGGCGUCCCAUCGUCUCUGGUUCAACGGUUACAACAAGCGCACUGCCACUAACUGCCCUUGGCUUCUAAUCGUGAUCGCCUCGCCUACCAAACUCGAUCCUGAGCCUUAAGGGAUGCCUCUGAGAAUAAAAUCGCAGCGAUCGGAAUACUCCCCAGAUGAAGUAAAGCAGUACCUUCUCCGGAUUUCCUUCCAAGUGACAGAUGGGAGCCCAUUCUCUCCCGACUCUCCCCUUCCAGAGCCUACGCUUGGAACUCUGAGUCGAAUCAUGCUCUAUCAUCUAACUAGCAUCCCGUUUGAGAACACCUCCAUUCACUAUGAGUCACAACAUGCCGUGGACGUGUCUCCGAAAGGUGCAUUCCAUCGGUUCGUAUCCCUGGGGAAGGGGGGUUAUUGCAUGCAACACGGCACAGUGCUACUUCAUAUCCUUCGUGCCCUGGGAUAUAACACCUUUCCAUGCGCCGCCCGCGUUUACAUACAAAAUGACCAGAUGAGAGAGCCGAACCACAUGGCUCUCAUAGUCUCACUACCCACUCACCUUGACAGCUCUAGUUCGCUCUACCUCGUCGAUACCGGAUUUGGUGGCCCUAACAUCCGGGAUGGGGGAGAAGAGCACAGGGUUAUUCGGACCAGGCAUGUCGGAUCAUCCUUUGAGGAAGCUGAAGAUGGUCACCUAGAUGAAGAAUGGGGGGCAUUGCAAGUCCUUUGGACAUUGCAAUCGAGACAACUUCAAUUUGCCUCAGCGGGAGAUGGAGGGUGGAGAAAUGGGUAUGCGAUAAUGCCAUCAGAGUGUGUUCAAGAAGAUUUCAAUGCAAUGAAUUUUGUCACAUUUAACAAUCCAGAAAGUCGCUUCGUUAAAGAGGUCAUUAUUGCUCAAUUCUUCCUCUCUCCGUCCUCUUCUUCAUGGUCCCCGUCUCCAAGUCAACACCCAGACCUCUACCCUGUCGACCCUACACGCAUCGGCCGGCAUAUCAUAUUCGGAAGCCGAUACAGUAUUCGCACUGGAACAUCUCAGAGCCGUAAUGAUAUCGUGCCCGAGUUUGCUUCCGAAAUGGAACGGAUUCGGGCCAUUGCAGGUGUUGUUGGAAGCCUCUGCGAUGCACCACCUAAUAAGGAGGCCAAGUCAUUGGCGGGGAGCUCGAGGACGAAGAGUGGCGAGGAGAGACCGCUCCCAAACUGGGCCGAUGGGGAGGUUCCAGAUUGGGCGAAGGCGGCAAGGGAGGCCAUAAGGGGUCGCCAGCCUGAGCUAAAAUGAGAAUCGGGGCUGCAUUUCUAACGAUGCGGAACAAAACUUAUAUGUGGCUUGUUUUGUAUCGUGCUAGAGUGUUCGCGUGAGACCUGCACCCGGGUGCAAGACACCAGAACUUGAUGUACCUAUCAUCAGGCAGCAGAAUUUACAAUGUGCAUUUGGUAUGCGAUUUCAAGG